CUGAAGGAAUAUCAGCAGAAGAAUAGCCCUGGAGCAACUGCAGGAACGAAGAAAAAACGCAAAACCAGAGAAGGCAGUAGACCCGAGACUCCCACCAACGAUGACCAGCAGCCUCCAGAGAACAUUCAGAACAUUCUGAAGGUGCUGGUGUCAGACCUUAACCGCUCCAAUGGGGUAGCCAUACCCUCAUUGGACAAGAGGAAGGCGUACUUUGACAGUGAUGUUGCCACUCGUAAUGCUGAACAGCUUGCUACCGAUGUCCCUGUGCUAUCUAACAGCAACAGCCUACCUAGCUGUGGUUCUGUUCUGCCUGCUCCUGGGAGCAUGCAGCUGACACAGAUUCAUGAAGCCGAGGAUCAUAAAAAUGCUUUGGAUGAGAACAGGUCUUUCUCGUCAACAGAAAGUCUCCGCCAGUUGUCUGAACAACUCAAUGGCCUGGUUUCUCAGUCUACGUCGUAUGUGAAUGGGGAAAGUGCUGUUUCUUCCACAAAUAUUAAGGAAAUGGAAACACGUUACCAGGAGCUGGCAGUAGCCCUGGAUUCCAGCAAUUUAACUAACAAACAGCUCGUUACAAAGAUAGAGGAAUUGAAACAGCAGAACCAAGAAGCAGUGAAUCAGCUGGAGAAGGAAAAGAAGGAGUUUGAACAGAAGUUUUCUAAAGAGCAAGCAGCACUGAGAGAACAGCUGCAGGUUCAUAUCCAGACUAUUGGAAUUCUGGUUUCUGAGAAGUCCGAGUUGCAGACAGCCCUUGGACACACUCAGCAAGCUGCGCGGCAGAAAUCAGGAGAAGCUGAAAACCUUGCUGCUCGUUUACAUUCAUCUCGCCAGAGGGUAUCGGAGCUAGAACGUACUUUGUCCUCCAUCUCUAUGCAGCAAAAACAGUCAGAGAAGCAUAAUAAAGAGUUAGUGAAGGAGCGAGACAACCUGAAACUGGAACUGUACAAACGAAGCAAAAGUAGUGAGGAAAUAAAACAGCAGAAUUCGGAGCUGUCAGAGAAAGUUCACUCCCUGGUUUCCAAGAACUCAGCUAUGAAGUUGGAUAUAGAGGAUUUGCAUAAGAAACUGGAAAUGGCUGAACUGAUGAUUCAACAGUUCUCAAAUCAGGCAGGGAGUCUGGAUGCAAACCAGCAGUUGCAGAUGGCACUGGAGGAGAAGGCGAGCCUGGAAACCCAGGUUGCUCAGCUCUCAGAGUCACUUCACCAGCUCCAGGCAGAAAGAGAUCAGUAUGUAGAAAAACUGAAGGAGGAGCAGAGCAUUUGGCAGCAGCGGGUACAGCAGCUGUCUGAGCAGAUCCACACAAUGGCAGAGGAGAAGGAGAAGCAUAUGGCCCAAAUUGGGGAGCUGGAAGCCAAUGUUACAGAGCUGUUGAGCAAAUCAGCAGUUAAGCCCAUGGAUAUUGAGCCUUCCUUACCAGCAGGGCCCACAGCAGCUGAGCUGAGCCUGCAGGAGGAGAUCCAGCGGCUGCAGCAAGAGAAGGAGGAACUGCACGGGCAGUACCAGGCCCAGGUCCGGGACAACGAGCAGCUGAGCCACCUCAACCGGGAGCAGGAGGAGCGGCUGCUGGAGCUAGAGAAGGCUGUGCAGCGCUACAACGAGGAGUCUGUGGACAGACAGCAGAUCCUGGAGGACAUGCAGAGUGACAAGGCUACGAUCAGUAGGGCGCUGAGCCAAAACCGGGAGCUGAAGGAGCAGCUGGCUGAGCUGCAGAAUGGGUUUGUCAAACUGACAAACGAAAACAUGGAGGUUACAAGUGCCCUCCAGUCAGAACAACAUGUAAAGAAGGAGCUGGCCAAGAAGCUUGGGCAGCUGCAGGAGAACCUGGGGGAGCUCAAAGAGGCGCUGGAACUGAAAACACAGGAGGCUCGGGGUCUGCAGGAGCAGCGGGACCAGUACUACAGCCACUUGCAGCAGUACAGCGUGGCGUACCAGCAGCUGUGUGCCGAGAAGGAGGAACUGCACAAACAGUACUUGCUUCAGACGCAGCUUAUGGAUCGGCUACAGCAUGAGGAGGUUCAGGGGAAGGUGACGGUGGAAAUGCACCUGAAAGAGCUGCAGCAGACCAAGGAAAGUCUGGAAGCUGUAGCUAAGGAAAACAAAGAGCUGCAGGCCCAGAUCAGCCAAUUAGCAGCAGACCUGGAUGGCAGGAUUUUGCACCGACUAGAGGGAGAUGGAGUUGAAAGUGAAGUGAUGACCGAAGAAACCCAGAAAUCUUCAUUUGUGAUCCCAGAGAAGUUUGAAAGCCAUGAAGAAAUGGUCGCUUUUGUGACAUCUGCCAUGUCCCAAGUGGAGAAGGAGCGAGAAGACAUGAGGCAGCAGCUGGCUGCUCAGAAACAGCAGUGCAGGAGCCUCUUGCAGCAAAUAGCAGCUCUUAGGCAGGAGCAGCAACAUAACGUCACGUUGGGUGGAGGUUCCGCUAUGGAUACUGUUCCAGUGGAGGUUCACGAGGCUUUGAAAACUGCCAUGGAGAAACUACAGUCCCGUUUCACAGACCUGAUGCAUGAGAAAGCUGAUCUGAAGGAACGGCUGGAAGAGUUAGAACAUCGCUGCAUACAGCUGUCUGGGGAAACGGACACCAUCGGGGAGUAUAUUGCAUUAUACCAGAGUCAAAGGGCUAUCCUCAAACAGCGGCACCAGGAGAAGGAGGAGUACAUCAGCAGACUGGCUCAGGAUAAGGAAGAGAUGAAGGUGAAACUCCUGGAACUGCAGGAUUUAGUGAUGCGUCUGGUCAGGGAAAGAAAUGAAUGGUACAGCAAGUACGUAGCAGCUGCUCAGAACCCGGAGGUGUUGGCAAGCCAGAAUGAAAGUGUGUUGCCAGGGGAGAGGCGCCUUGAGCUGAACGCUACUGACGGAGAAGGGUUACGAGAAGUGAAUUUAGCAGAUGAAGCGGAACAAGAGGCUGCUGCUGUUCACCAAUCCGGUUUCUCCCCUAUUGACAGUAAAGCUGCUCAGCCAAGCCAAGAGGACCCCACAGCAAAGCAAAUAAUGCAGCUUCUCAGAGAAAUCCAGAACCCUCAGGAGAGGCUGGGCUCCCUGCUGGAAAACCCCUGCAUUCCCUUCUUCUACCGAGCCGAUGAGAACGAUGAGGUCAAAAUCAUGGUAGUUUAAGAGGCGGUGAAUCUUAUUUACAGCAAUUUUUUAUGAGCCUGAAAGGACUUAACUGAUUUGUACGUGCUCAUACCUCUGCUCAGUGCCCUUGGUCAGAACAGAUUCUUAAAGACAUCGGGGAAGAGGGAUUGCAUCACACAACUCAAGUAUCAGACCUCAUCUUCCCUUUCUCUUCCUUCUGUUACUUGGUGUGCUUGGAGUACAGG